UCCAGCAACCAUGGAUGUAAUUGUAUCCCAGGUGAAGAAAGCUGUUAGUUUUGUUCUCACCUUUGCAACCAGACGAGGGUCAAGUGCUGUUUAUUUAUGUGGACAUUCAGCUGGUGCCCAUCUGGCAGCUUUAAUGUUGUCACAGAACUGGUUACAGGAAACCAUGGUCAGUCACAGUAUCAUAAAAGGAGGUUUGUUAGUGAGUGGUGUGUAUGAUCUGACACCGUUAGUAAACACAUAUAUAUAAAUGAUCCUCUCAAAAUGACACAAGAAGAUGCAGUUAGAAACAGCCCAGUGACACAUCUGGACAAGAUUGUAGAAUUUAGUGAGAAGCGUAGAUUUAUUGUUGCCUAUGGGGAUCAUGACCCGCCCGAAUUUAGGCGUCAGAGCACAGAGUUCAACAGUGCUCUUUUGUCAAAAGGUAUUCAGUCUACGUUGAUGGUCAUACCAGAUACAGACCAUUUUAAUGUGAUAGAAAAUCUACGUCUGGAGGAAUACAGUCUCAGUCAGGAAGUUAUAAAGUUAAUGAAUCUGAACAUUGAUACAAUACAGGACCAGAUGCAGGCAAAAAAUUUAUCUUAGCAUACAUAUAUAAACAUUUUGUGUAAAUUUUACUCGCAUCAGAAUAGUUGCAAAUGGUGCAGGGAACCAGUCUUUCAAACUGGUAGUGUGAAUUGUAUAUAAAUUUGGGAACCAGCUAGGAACAUACUUUAUAUGAGGAAACUGUCCAGCUAGAGAUGGUUGUCUGCUCUACCUAAAUGCCCCCCCCCCCCACCUCAUUAUGUGUACAAGAGUAAGUUAACAUAUUGGCAACUUGAAUACAUGGUAUAGUUAAACUUCAAGAAGUACCACUGUUUAAAUGUUAGCAAUUAUGUAAAAGUUAACAAAAUAUGUGAACAUAGGAGCCUUAUCUGUCCUUCUUUUGUAUUAAAGUAUAUCACAAUAAUUCAAUGUGGCCUGUUUGAUGUAAUUUUUGUAUACAUGUACUUUAUUAAACACUUCUAAAUUAUGUAUAAUGUUGUGACAUUUUGUAAAAAGAGCCUGGUUAGACUGCACGGAAUACUGCUUAUAUCUUUCAGCUGCAGAAGUAAAGGUUUAAAAAUUGACAGUGGAAUCUGGGUAAUGAGGACAGCACAUCCUGUUACAAUAUGAUCACUUUAUAACAUAUUGUUGGAUGGUCUUUUCUGCUGUUAUAUUCAGAUUUGAAGUAAAAAAGUUGUUAGAAAAUAUUGCAACAGCAUCUUUAUUUAGUGGAAGAAAAUUUUAUAGAUACAUGUAGUUAGCUGUAUAUACUUUGAAACUAAAAUUUUAUGUGAUUGUUGAAUUUUAUAUACAUGUGUAAUACUUUUGUGUUCAUACAACUAAUACAUUAUACUUUGUUAUAUUUUAAUAAAUGUACAUAAUAAAAUAUAUAUUGUACACAAUGUUAAUAUUCAAUCAAUGUUUUUAUAAUUGUGUAGAAAGCUUAUUUUGAGCUUAAUUCCAAGUCAUUUACUUUUAUUUACCUAGCAUGAAAUAAUUAAGGAUGUAGUUUGGGGUCACUAGGUUCAAGGUCAAAGUAUU